AUGUCCGGAAACCAAAGCAACGCAAGUGAAGAGCAUUGUUUUGUUGACAAUGACUUCACUCUGGCUCCAGUUUAUGUCAUCUGCCUGCUUGCAAUCAUCUUUAAUGCGUUUGUGCUGAUGGUUUUCUGCCUCCACAAGAAGGCCUGCACUGUGACUGAGAUCUACUUGAGCAACUUGACUGGAACUCAUCUUGUUCUGAUGUGCUGUUUGCCCUUCUGGACUGAUGAUGUAAGAUUAAGCAUUGACUGGCCUUUUGGUGAAAGCCUGUGCAUGCUGGUACAAGCUGCCUUCUUUGACAGUGUCCUUAACCCCAUUCUCUACAUCAUCAUUGGAAAAAGCUUCCAGAACAGGACAAAGGAAUUCUUCAAGCAGUGA